AUGGGUUACUUUAUCCGACAAGCUAGUGCCGGGAUCGGCCUCGUCUCGGAAACUGUCAAAGCCCAAAAAGCAAAGCAUCAUGAAAAGAAGCAGAAAGAGAAACAGCAACAACAUGCGGAAGGGGAAUCUUUAUCACCUGUUGAAGAGACUGAAAGUUUGGCACCUUCGUACCAUACUGAGGAUGGGGGACAUAAUCGUCCUUCGAUGCAGAAUGGUCGUCCUUCCAUGCAGAACAACAGUCCUCCUUUACCUCUGGAGAGCAACUAUCCACCAUCCCAUAACACCUAUCCUCCUACACAUAAUGACCGACCUCCCAUGCAAAACAACUAUCCGCCUCCCAUGAAUAACGGCUAUUCCCCGCCUAUGGGGAACAACUAUCCCCCAGCGCAAAACGGUCAUCCUCCUAUGCAUAACAACUAUCCUCCUCCGAUGGAGAAUAACUACUCUCCAAACUACAAUACUUACCCUCCUGUUCAGAAUGGUCAACCUCCCAUGUACAACGGCCAACCUCCCAUGGAGAACAAUUGUACUUCUCAAAACAGCUACCCCCCUCAUAUGGAGAACAAUUACCCUCCAAUGCACAAUGGCCAACCCCUCCUCCAAAACAACUACCCUCCCAUGGAGAACAACCAUCCCCCAACCUACACUGCCUACCACCCUUGGGAACACGGUCAACCACCCAUGCAAAACACCUACCCUCCUACAGAGAACAGCUAUCCACCGCAAAAUAGCUAUCCUCCCACAGGAAAUAGCUACCCUCCAACACACAACGAGUACCCUCCCCCGCAAACAUCCAGAGAAGUGAGCGACUCGCCCAAUCCCACCGAAAAACCUCCCUCUCCCAAAGACGAAAAGUCCACAGUCAAACUCCACGAAUACGAUCAAGACUCCGUAUACUCACGAGAAUACGACGAAGUCGACAAAGACAUCGAGCGCCAAUGGGAACUGGAUGAAGCACAAGACCACCUCCGUGGGGUAACUUACCCAACCACACCCCCACCCGAUCAAGACGACGCCGACUAUAGCAUGAAGCUAGCGGAAUCCUUUGUUCGGGAGUAUCCAGUCCCUCUUAACUGGAGCUACUACGACACAAGUGUAGAGUUCGGCCCUCCGAAGCUUGAUUAUCCCGUUGUUCUGCCUCAGCGUCGGCCAAAGGACCGGCAGCGAGGAUUCGUGCGCGCCUACGCCCCCGAACUUGAGAAGUUCGGUAUCGAUCAGAAGAUGUUUCUUGAUUAUGUCGACAAGGCUAAUAAAUCCUGUAUUGGAUCGCAGUGGUUUCAGGUUAUCAAUUUGGCUAACAAUGUGGGAGGAUACUUUGUUAGUCCUACGGUUGGGUUUGUGAUGGGUAUUGUGGCUGAUGCGGUCGUGAGGAUUGGUAUGGCUGUUGAUGGGAGACGGAGAUCCGGAAACUUCUUCGACAAAAUCAAUCAAGAUUUCUUCAUGCCGCGCGGUCUCUUCUGCCUCCUCAUGACCUACGCCCCAGAAUCAAAAGAAGCCAUCCUCGACCUCGACAUGAACAACACCAUCACCUCCGCCCGAACCCCAGAGAAAGGAUUCCACCGGGUCAAACAGAAAUACCAAACAGCCAACGCGACAGCAAACUCCACCUUCGACCAAUUCUCCCCUCUCAUCUUCCCCGACCUGCACAAUCCGGAUGUCGACGAGGCAACGAAGAAAAAGUACGAAGUCUUGCUGGGGAAAGUGCAUCGCGCGAUGGAGGGAGUUGAGGAAUACUACGAUAAGAGAGAUCAAGCUAAAUUCAUCGCCAAAAACCCCGAAAGCAACCUCGCCAUGGGCUGCAAGCCCGAAUUCACCUCUCGAUACGCAGACCCUACCAACAAAGCCGCCAGCGGAUCUCUACUCGCCAUGGCUACGGGAGGGAAAUUCACCGACGAUACGAUCCUCGGCUGGAUGGGUAUCGAGGGACGGUCUGCUCGCGGAGCGAAACCGUCCUUCUUCGGUGGUCUUGCUGAUGCUGCGCUGAAGAAGGCAAGAGGGGGAGAUAAAGAGGCUGAGAAGGCUCGCGCGGAGGGCAAGCCUGUCCCUCAUCAGAGUACGAAGGGGUUUGUGGGCGGUGGGUUGAAUAAGUUGUUGAAGAGGAAAGUUAUUUAUAUGAUGAUUGUCAAUAUGCCGAGUGAGGAGGAGAUGAGGAGGGCGAGGGAGAUUAUUGAUUAG